GAAGUCCACACAACACUCAGUCAAAAACACACAAUGGCUCCUAGUCCUACCAAGUUCCUUGUCCUCUCACUCCUACUCACCCUAUUCCAUAAUGUUUCCGGCGUCGGAAUAAACUACGGCACACUUGGAAACAACCUUCCUCCGCCGAAGAGGGUGGCUCAGCUCCUUCAAUCCACCCUCAUAGACAAAGUCAAGAUCUACGACACCAAUCCAGACAUCCUCGAAGCUUUCUCCAACACCGGCAUUGACCUCAUCGUCGCCGUAGAAAACAACCACGUCGCCAACAUAAGCGCCGGCACGUCCGCGGCCGACCAGUGGUUCGGCACCCGAGUCGCGCCGUUUAUUCCGGCCACCUCCGUGGUGGCCAUUGCAGUGGGCAACGAGUACCUGACACAAGACCACGAUGACUUGGACCCCAAGGCAUUAGUCCAAGCCAUGCAGAACUUGCAUGCAGUGCUGAUUUCACGUGGGCUUGAUCGUAAGAUUAAGGUCACAACCCCACAUAGCAUGGCAGUUUUAGCUUCUUCAUUUCCGCCUUCAGCUUCCACAUUUGCCAUCAACCUGAUCCCCACCAUCACCGCCAUCGUCGGCUUCCUCGCUGACACCGGUGCACCCUUCAUGGUCAAUGCCUAUCCCUAUUUCGCGUACCGGGACAACCCCGGCACGAUUAGCCUAGAGUAUGCAUUACUAGGCAAUGCUACCGGUACCGGGGUACGCGACCCUAAGGGGUACAUGUACACCAAUAUGUUGGACGCACAAAUUGAUGCGGCACGGUCAGCAAUCAGCGCUCUAGGGUUCGGGAACCGGUCGGUCCAGAUCACAGUAUCGGAAUCCGGUUGGCCGUCGAAGGGUGAGUCCGGUGACACUGCAGCCACGCCGGAAAAUGCAAAAACUUACAACACUAGGUUGAUUGAACGUGGUCAGUCUACUAGAGGCACGCCCAUGAGGCCCAAGGACAAUAUAGAGAUAUUUGUGUUUGCACUGUUCAAUGAGAACAAGAAAAAAGGGGAUGCUAGCGAGAGAAAUUUUGGGAUUUUUAAUGGUGACGGAUCUAAGGUGUAUGAUGUGGAUUUGAGCUGCGAGUUUUGCAGUGGUGGUGGGAAAUUAGGGUUUGGCGAGAAAGUUUCCGGCGUGGCUAGGGGGCCGUCGGUUUGGUGCGUGGCGAAGCCACACGCCGACGAGAAGGUGGUGCAAGCAGUGUUGGAUUUCUGUUGUGGGUCAGGUGGUGUGGAUUGCAGAGAGAUCUAUGAUAGUGGGAAAUGUUUUGAGCCCAAUAAAGUUCAUGCACAUGCAUCAUACGCCAUGAAUGUGUACUAUCAGAUGCAUGGGAGGAACUAUUGGAACUGUGAUUUCAAAGGCACUGGUCUUGUUACAUUCAGUGACCCAAGUUACGGGACAUGCCGUUAUGACGACAUAUAAAAAAGUAGUGUGAAAGCCUGAUAAUAUUGUACACUUUAGCCCAACUUCAAACAUUACGAUCGGGUGUGAAUUGUGUUGACAGUUGUUUUGCAUUGUUUGGUAGCUAGUGUUAUCAUUAUCUAAUCGGAGUACUGUUGAAGAUAAAUGUGACAUUGAUUUGUUUGGUUUUAAA